CCAUUUUUUCUUUUACUUAAUGUUUCGUAUAUAUUUGUAAAUUUCACCCCAUAAUGUUAUUCCCUUAUUUUAACUUAUCAUGGAUAAUAUCUAGGUUGUUUUGAAACUUUCUUUGUCUUGGUUACGUAAUAACAACAAUAAAAAAGAUAAACAAACCAAAAAAUUACGUUUUUUUAAAAGUUUUAGCGAUUUUAACAAGAAUAUGCAAAAUAAUUUGACAGAGGUUGUAAUAGUCGUAUAAGCAGUCAGAAUAUGAUAAGAAAAGAGAAAUUUUUCUAAAUUAUGAUAUAUUUUUGUUCACAUUUAUGGAAAAGUUAUAAAACAUAGAAAAUUUCACCUGCCAUGUGCUGUGUGUUAUGGUGUUGUUAAAGAAGAAAAUUGUUUAUUUUAAAACAUAAAAGUAACGCUUUUUAAGUCUUGCAUGAAAUUCAUUCUUAUUCAUACAAUGUUCCCAGUUUUGGUAUUUAUAUAUUUUACGAAAUGUCUCAUUAAUUUAACCAUGGAUGGAUCACAUCAACCUACUUGCCUCGAACUUGCAACCGAGGGUGAGCGGUUGUGUAAACUCGGAGAAUAUUCAGCAGGGGUGCAGUAUCUUGAGGCAGCUGUCAAUCAAGGAACGGAUGAUGUAACAACACUAAGUGCCAUAUACAUGCAUCUUGGCAAUGCUUAUCAAUAUCUUGGUGACUUCAUGAAAGCAUUACAAUACCAUCAACAUGAUAGAACUCUUGCAAGAACCAUAGAUGAUUUAGAAGGUGAAGCAAAAGCCAGCAGUAACAUCUCAAACACAUUAAAGUUAAUGGGAAGAUUUGAUGAAGCAAUUGUGUGCUGUCAACGACAUCUAGAUAUUGCUAUUGAGACAAAUAACAAGGUAUGGGAGGCCAAGGCAUUAUACCAGCUUGCAAACAUCCAUCAUGAGAAAGCUAAACAGAAAUGCAAGUCAACCGCAGGCAUUGAUAAAGUAGACCCGAACGCCGCUGCCGACCUUAAAGUUGCCGUCAAGUUAUAUGAACAAAACCUGUCGCUAGUUCGAACAUUAAACGAUCGUGCAGCGCAAGGUAAAACUUGUGGGAGUUUGGGGAACAUAAACUAUCUGCUGGGAAAUUGUGACGAGGCUAUUAAGUUCCAUACUGAGCGGUUAUCGAUUGCGAAGGAGUUUGGCGACAAGGCAGCACAACGACGCGCGUAUACCAACCUCGGGAACGCGCAUAUUGUGUUGGGGGAAUACCAGGUGGCCGCAGACUUCUAUUUACAAACCUUAUCAAUAUCGCGUCAGCUAGGAGACCGAGCGUUUGAAGCCCAAGCUUGCUACAGUCUUGGAUCCACAUAUACUUUACUAGGGGAUUAUAACAGGGCUAUUGAAUACCACAUGCGGCAUAAACAAAUCGCACAAGAUUUGAGUGACAGAGUUGGUGUAGGGCGAGCUUGUUGGUUACUCAGCAAUGCUCAUAUAUCAUUGGGCAAUUAUAAGAAGGCUUUGGAAUUAACAACGCUGCAGUUACAAAUAUCUAAAGAGGCAGGAGAUGAGGCCGGCCGAGCAACAGCUGAGAAAAACCUGGGAAGGUUGGAAAGUUUAUCGAGCCACAAUGGGGCAGUAGAGAGCAACUACCUUGAUCAGGAGCUCCCUCGUGUGAGGAGAAUGAGCAUGGAGAAUAUGGAGUUGUUGCAACUUACGCCGGAACAAGUUAAGGCGAUAAAUGAAAAGAAAUUAAAGUUAGAAGAAGGAAGGUCGUUACAAGCAGCGUACCAGGCGAACAUAGAGAACUUAGACGUUGUGAAUAGUAACGGGAAUCGUGCGUUGGACGCUGAACAAGUUGAAAUUAACAUUCAACCCCCACAACAACCACAGGGCAACGAGCAUUUCUUUGACUUACUAACUCGCCUGCAAGGACGACGCAUGGAUGACCAGCGAGCUGAGAUGAGGAACGACGGUUACGAACUACCUGACUUUCUACGACAAGAUCCUCCACACGAGGGAAGGCAAGAGCAAGCUGCAGCUGCCGUGCCCGAUAAUGUGGUGGCCGAGAAUAAUGACGCAGGUCCCAUGGCAUGCCUCACUGUAGGACCUCACCCAUAUAGAACAAACGAACCCUAUUUACCCCCAGACGAACACCACGAACGUAUGAACACCAUGAUCAGCAUGUUAGCUCGAUCGCAAUCAAAGAGAUUGAACGAACAACGAGUCAGUUUAUCAAGUUUACCAGGGUUGCGUAUCAAUGGGAGGGUUUAUAAUGUUCCCAAUAAUCUACCAGGUGGCCCUCCCAAUGACGACGGGAACAACAAUGCACAAGAACCACCUCGUGCACUUGAUGAUAAUUUCUUCGAUAAUUUAAUGAGAUGCCAGGGCACCCGAUUAAACGACCAGCGUACAUCAGCGCCCUCCGGUGACCAACCAGUGUACCGGCCUCCCACAAUCCCCGACGAGGACUUUAUGUCACUGAUCGUGAGGUUACAAUCGUCGAGAAUUAAUGACCAGAGAUGCAGAUUUGAACCAGAAUGAGCUGCAACAAUCCCCAUGAUGACAUCACAAUCUUUAUCAUGACUUAUUAUUUAAGUGAUGACAUCACAAUAACAAUUACGACCGAACUCAAGCAAUCAUUUAUUUAAUUAUUCUUGUUAUCGUUAAAACAAAAAUCAAGCCAUUUUUUCUGCUUUUCUUUAAUAUUUCUUUAAGAAGUAGGAUUUUUGAAUCUUCAAAAAUUGAACAUCGAAUAAAAUCGUGAUUUUUUGAACCUAUUUACCCCCGCACGGCCAUUUAAUGUUUAUGAACUUAAAAUAUUAAAUAUUUAAUUUGCGCAAACUUUAUCGUAACACUUGUGUCGCUGAUCAUUAUUUCAACGCAGUUAACAGUAAGUUACAUAAUGAUAUUUCGUUGUAAAGAUAAGAAAUAAACCAUGAAAAAUUGUAA